UCAGUAAGCUAGGUGGUACUCUAGGUGUAAACAUGGGCAAUAUUGCAUUUCGGGAAGAAAAGAUGACGACCGACGAAACGGUAGCAACGCUUGAAUCGCGAUUAAAAUUGCUGGAAUCUAGAGUCUGGAGCAGCAAUACGGAAAGUGAAUGUGGUGAGUUAGUGGAUGAUAUACACAACAUACGGAAGAAACUGUAUAAUGCUGCUUUAGGGAAAGAAAAGAUACAGAGCUUGUGGAAACGUAUGGAUGAGUUGAAAUUUUGUCUUGAUCCAGAAUCCAUCGAAAAGAUGACAAUUUUCGAAGAUGCAAAAGCUGAUAUAAUUCUAAAUGAUGAAGCACAUCUAAGAGAACAAGCAAAGCAAUUAGAAGAAGUUGAACAACUUAAGGAUGUCCUGGACAGUGAUCAUUUGAAAGUUUCUUCAAAUUCAACGGAUCGCCUGCAGCCUCUUAUCACAGUGCAGGUAGACCAACAGGAUAAAGCAGUCAAAUUAGAUGAGGAAACUAGAAAGCUCUUGGAGGCCUACAACAACAUUAUCUCUAUGGUAUCAAAACAAUUCGUAUUGUGGGAUGAAACAAUCACUGCACAAGAAAUCAAACAAAAACUACGGAAGAAUGAAUAUGAAUAUUUAUGAAUAGCGCCACCAAUACUUUGAGUGGUUCCCGUCAUCAUCGUAUAGCUACACACCUCAUUUAUGUUGCAUGUCAAAUAUGCUGUCAAAGCAUGAAAGUAAUUAAGAAUAUUUAGAGUGGAGCUGAACAGCUUAGUAGUUAAGAUGCCUUCCUUCUAACCCAGUGGCAUCUGCGUUUUUUUCUUCUAACAACUAAAAACAACUCCACUUCCUAAGCCUCAUUAGGAGACUUAGUUUA